AUGGCUUACAUUCUUCAAUCCCUCAUCACCAUCCUAGAACAAAUCAUGGAUCCUAAACAAACACGAUGGAUUCUUGGCCCUGAGAAAUCACAUCUCCAAUCCCUCCUCGAAAAAGCAGCUUCUCUGCUACAUAUUCUUGAAACACACUCACCCCUCAAACUAGAAUGUUUGGAGAGCCAAAUCAGAGAUGCAUCACAAAAGGCCAAAGAAAUCAUUGAAUCCAACAUGGUUGAUCGAAUGCUUCUGACCCCUCAAGGCGUGAACUUCACGUUGCUCACACCGAAUGUGCAGCAAGUAACACAAGAACUUGCUUCUCUAAUGGAACAAGUGGUGAAGCUCGAGGAGGGGAAGACGAUAUUCACUUCUUCUUCUUAUUCUUCUUCUUCCUUGCAUGAUCCGAGUUUGAAGAGCGUGGUGGUUGGAGUUGAUGCAGAUUUAUCGCAAUUGAUGGAACGGCUGACUACCGGGCGUAGCAAUCUGGAGAUCGUCCCCAUUGUAGGAAUGGGCGGGAUUGGUAAGUCCACUCUUGCUCGAAAUCUUUACGACAAUCCAAUCAUUGUUUCUCAUUUUGAUUAUAGAGGUUGGGCUGCAAUUUCACAAGAUUACAAUAUUAGAUCAAUCCUAUUAAGCCUUCUUUGUGGCCCAAAUGAAAUGCUUGACAAAGAACUGAUUGAGCAGAAAGAAAUUGACUUGCAAGAUAUAUUGUAUAAAAGAUUGUAUGGCAUGAGAUAUAUGAUUGUGUUAGAUGAUGUGUGGAAUCCUAAAUCAUGGGACAAGAUCAAGAGAUACUUGCCAGACAACAACAAUGGGAGUCGAAUCGUGAUAACCACAAGAGAUUCAGACAUGGCCAAACAUGCAACCGAGACGAGUGUGCAACAUCAUGUGCGAUUGCUAAAUAGGUCGGCUAGUUGGGAUCUACUUCGCCAAAUUGUAUUUGGAGAAAAUGGUUGCCCUGAUCCAGAGUUGGAAAGAGUUGGGAAACAGAUCUCUAGUGAUUGCGAUGGGCUUCCUCUUGCCAUUCAUGUGAUCGGAGGGGUCUUGUCGAAGGUCCAAAGAUCAAGAGAUGUUUGGGAGCUCAUCUCAAGCAAUGUAAAAGCGGCUAUUGUUGAAUCAGACGAGCAAUUCUCCAAUAUACUUUCCCUGAGUUAUAACCACUUACCUAUUCACUUGAAACCAUGUUUCCUAUACAUGGGAGCUUUUCCGGAGGAUUACGUGAUUAAGGGCUCUAGACUGAAGCAAAUAUGGAUAGCUGAAGGAUUUUUGAAAUCCGAUGGAGAUAAGGGUUUGGAGGAAGUGGCUGAGGACUACUUAAAGGCUCUCGUGGAGAGGAAUCUACUUUUUGUUAGACACAUAAAGUCUAACGGGAAGCCAAUGAGCUACUCAAUCCACGAUCUUCUAAGGGAUCUAUGCAUAAGGAAAGCGAACGAGGAGGAGUUUCUACAAGUCAAGGAUCCUCAAUCUUUUGUAUGCACUGAUCAAAUGAUUAUCUUUCCUGCAUUGAGAUUGCUUAGGGUGCUACACGUAACGGAAAUGGUGUUCGACAAGUUCCCAAAAGAAAUACUACAACUUGUCAACCUGCGCUACUUAGCUUUCUCAUGUGCUUCACAUCUACCUAACGGAGUAUCAAGAUUGUGGAAUCUGCAAACCUUGAUCGCUGAACAAGUGAAGCCCUCUUUCACAUCUGGAAUAUGGGAGGUAUCUGAGUUAAGACAUAUCAAGUUGAAGACGUUAAUCCGGGUUGAGGAGGGAUACAAGAUGAAAUUAGUUCAUAAGAAGCUGCAGACGCUUUACCACAUCAGGAUAACUCCUUCACUGAUCAGGAGUGGUUUCUUUGCAAUGAUUCCAAACAUCAUAAAGCUAGGGAUCAACUACGUCCACUCACCGUGCAUCGUAGUUGAUCUUAGCCGUUUACACAAACUCGAAUCAUUGAGAUGCCAAUCUGAUCUGAAAAGGGAUGGUAGACAUUUUCUGCAGAAGCUCAGACUUCCCUGUAGCCUCAGAAAAUUAAAUGUUGCUCAUUGUGUUCUAUUUCGGAGUUUCUUGAAGACUCUGUGUGGACUAGGGAAUCUGGAGGUGCUUAAAAUAUCCAAAUGUGUGUUUGAAAGCGAGGGAGAUGAAGAGUGGGAGGCGGCAGAAGGAGAUGAGUUCUGCUCACUGCAGGUUCUAAGUUUUCAAUCUUUAAACUUAGUGCGUUGGAUAGCUGAUGAGACCAACUUCCCUAGACUUCGCCACCUGAUUAUGAGCAGAUGCUAUGAGCUAGAGGAAAUCCCCCGCGCCAUUGGGGAUAUCCCAACGCUCAAACGGAUCGACAUAGGUGAAUGCAGCGCUUCAGUUGUGGCCUCGGCACAGCAAAUCCAGGAGCAGCAGCAAGAGGAGUACGCCAACUACGACCUCAAAGUGUAUUCAUGGUAG